UCAUCCAUACGUUUUGUGUAUCGCAUACCAGAAUAUAAUGUCUCAUCAAUUGUUUCAUAUAAAUUAUUAUCUCAUUUUGUCACUUGGAUUACUAUAUUUGGCACCCGAUGUAUGCCAGGCCUCGCACUCGUCACUACAUGUGGUGGACGGCGGCUAUAAAGGGGUAGUCAUUGCCAUCAGUCCGGAAAUACCUGAAGAUAAGGACCUUUUAGAUAAAAUUCAGUCUAUGGUCACCGAAGCGUCUAAUGUGUUGUCGGAGUCGAUUGGCCUAUAUUUCUCGGAGGUGACCAUCAAAGUGCCAAACACGUGGUCAAGUGCUGUCACCGACAAACAGAUACAAGAGAUUCCCAUACAAGAUAGCGAUGCAGAUGUGGUCGUUAUCAAUAGAGACGCUGAGCAGUCGUUUACAAUGCAAUUCGCCGGCUGUGGUCUUCACGCACUUCCCAUUGUAUUGACUAAAAAGACGGUCAAAGACAGCGUCGACUACGGAAGCGUCGCUAAACUACUUGUCCACGAAUGGUCUCACUAUAGAUACGGUGUGUUCAACGAGUUUGGCUACAACUCGGACCCCAUAUAUCCCGCUUACUAUAGUAUAGCCGGUAAUCCAAAUGCCAGCGAAAUUCUCAUCAAUUCGUGCGCUGAUAAGGAGUUUAGCUUUAAGAGCGAAACCCAGACCACCGGCGGUCAGUGCACUCUAGCCAUCAAUAACGCUACGGGACUGCCAGUAAACGGGCAGUGCGUUCCCGUUCCCGCUCAGGACAGUAGCUUCGAGUCGUCGCUAAUGUACGCCCACUCGCCGUCCGGUGUGAAGAGGUUUUGCGGCGACACUCGCUCUGGACAGGAGUUACACAAACAUAACACUAAAUCCCCGAAUAAACAAAACUAUUUAUGCGACGGUAGGGACACGUGGGCUGUCAUCGCCUCACAUCCAGACCACACCAAUAGAUUAACUAUGUUGAAACUCAAUUCGGAUAAAGCACUAGAUUCGGUCAAUUUAGAGACUAUUAUAAACCAUGGUCUAACUUUUUUCGAUGCUAAGAGCACUGGCGGUGUAUUUGUUAUAGUGAUCGCCGGCGAUAAGAUAGAGACUCCCGUAUCAAAAGUGGUCGAAUUGGCCACAAAAUUGAGAAACAAAAACAUUAAAUUAAAUCUAAUUGUGUUUCCAUUCAACUCGAAAGACAAUCGAAUCACAGCAUCAGAAGUGCUUAAAACUGCCGCUCAUAUAACCAAUGGUCGAGUGACUUAUGUUAAAAGAGACGACACUCCGUGGAGUGCCAGUCAUUUCCUUAAAGCAUUCACAAGUCUGACCAAUAAUUUCCAAACUAUAGCUGAGAAAUAUAUUGACGAUCAAACGCCAGACAUUGAUUUUGAAUUUGCUGUUGAUAAUUCACUACAUGCAGCACACUUAAGGGUAUAUUUUAUGCGAUUGGAUACACGCGUUAAUACAGAUCCCUUACAAGACACCAUUCAAUUGGUCACACCCGGCAGCGUAACCAAAGUUAAUUAUGCAGAUACAAUGGGUUAUAUUCAAGGGUUUAGUGUCCAAAUCGGUAGCUCUGACCAAAUCGGUAAAUGGCAUCUAACAGCCAAGCGAAAAGCGGAUUCAUCGGGCAAACCAUUGGAGUCAUUGUUAGCGAUCGCUGAGUUUGAAACAAAAUCAUUGAACAACAACGACAACCCUAUCACAGGCCAGUGUUGGCUCAAUACAGUUGAAUAUAACCCGAAAGAAGUCAAUAACAAACCUGUAAUGGCUUACGUCAACGUGAAUAGAAAAGUGGACGAACUUAUAUCGGGAGUGACCGUCAAAUUGGUUAUCGUAAAUGAGUUCGACAAUCAGCCAAAGACUGUAGAACUGGUUGACGACGGGUUAGGAGAUCCCGACAUAACCAAAGGCGACGGCAUUUACUCCACUUAUGUGACAGACAUCGGCACUCAGGCCUACUUCACGAUCAGCGCUGAGAUCACCAGCGAUACGGAUUCAAUCGAAGUGACCAAAGAGUUUGGCAGCACUUCGUUGCCAAUUAAGUCUACGGCGAAGACAUGCUGUGGUUCUCGAGUGGACGGCACCCGGGAAUCGGUUCCGAGUCAGACAAAACUGGUCCGUCGUGUGGAGUGCGGGACACUGUAUGUGACCGAUACGUUCGUAGCGUCGGAAUACCCUCCGAGUGCUGUCCGAGACUUGCGGAUAGAGAGCGCCGAAUACGAGAACCGAACCGUUAACCUGUUGUGGACGUCUCCGGGCGGUGACUAUACCGCGGGUUUUGUUAAUAAGUAUGACAUCAAAGCGUUUGUCCAGAAAGACAACUACAAAGACGACCAGAAACUACUCGAAGACAUUAGAAGUGAUUUUGAGAAGACUGACGGCGCGGACAUCGAUGUGUCGGUCGACACACUGGCCGACGGCUACGGAAAGCCGCAGAGAUCUCAGAUUCGUAUCAAUUCAAACGCCGGUGGAGUCUAUUAUUUAGCGUUCAGAGCGUUUGAUGCGGACAAACAUCCCAGCGUUGUCUCCAAUAUAGUGAUGGCUUUUAUCAAAAGCAACGGUAGUGACGAAUGGCUGUUAGCGGGGAUGACGUGGUGGGAGAUAAUGUUGAUAGCGAUCGGCGUUGCAGUUGUGCUCAUAGUUGUGGGCGUUUUCUUAAUUUGCUGUAUCUGUAAGAGGAGGCGAAAGAACGAUGACGUCGAUCGGGAGACCUCACCGAAGGAGGCGCCGGUGCCGGCGUUGCGAAGAGCACCCGAUCCGCCCCGAGUGUCGCCCGAAUUGGAGAAGAAUCGCAGCAUUUUAUUGGACGACAACACGAGUCUCACCCGAAGUGUUGAGACCAUACCAAACAUUCAUAUCAAUAAUUUGCAACACAAUAACGCAUACAAUACUAAUCCCAAUCACAAUAUGAAUAACAUGUAUAACACGGGUUCGCAACACAAUUCGUAUAAUUCCGGUUCCCAACAGAAUCUGCGGGAACUGAACGUGAAUGCGUUGGGACCGAUGGCACCGGUGGGUCCGGUCAGCGGCACGCCUAACGCCUGGGACGCCAAAGACCUGCUCAACCAUUGGGGUCGCGUCCAAGAGGCCAAACAGCGUCACGAGAGACCGCCCGUCUUUCGCAACGAAGACCUGGAGUCCGGUUCGAGUAAUCACUCGCCAUCCUAUGCCUCGUCCGAUGAGGACAACAACAUCUACACCAACCCAAAUGUGUGGCAAUACAACGAUAUGAACGCUCGGCCCACGUAUGCCAUACCCAACAGUUAUAACGAUCCCAUAUACAGGACAGCACUGGACCACCCGGGGCUCCGGUCCAACACACCCAGUGAUAACGUGCCGCGAUAUAGUACUAUAUUACGAAAGCCAACGCAAAACGUAUCACAAGUUUAGUCACAAUUUAAGAAAAGAGUUUUAUUAUAAUAAAUAGGAAUUUUAAAUUGAAUUUGCAAUCAAUUGGCAAAUGAUAUAUGAAUUGUAUUGAAAAAGCGUCCGAUUUUGUUGGAAGUAUAAAUUCUAUACCAAAACAGUGUUUCUGUGAUUUCAUUAAACCAAAGGCCUAUUCAUUUGAUAUUUUAUAUGUAUUUUCGAAUUUAUAUAUAUUUUCAUGAGUAUUAAAAAUAUAAGUUUAUAUUUCAUCCAAUCAUUUGUAAAUAACGAGAAUAUGAAUUGAAAAAACUAUAUAUUAAUUGAUUCUUUAGCUAUUGAUCCCAUUUGUACAAUGAAUUAAUUAAAAUGAUUACUACUUCGUUAUCCUAAAGCCACC